AUGCAGGCUGAGGAGUACAACCGCAGAGGUAAGGAGCUGGUGGAUUACAUCUCUCAGUACCUGAGCUCCAUCAGAGACAGGCGGGUCAUUCCAGAUGUGAAACCGGGCUACAUGCGUGAGCUGCUUCCUGACACGGCGCCUACAGAACCGGAGGACUGGGAGGACAUCUUCAACGACAUCGAGAGAGUCAUCAUGCCAGGAAUUGUUCACUGGCAGAGCCCUCACAUGCACGCCUACUUCCCCAGUCUGUCCUCAUGGCCGUCCAUGUUGGGAGACAUGUUGGCUGACGCCAUCAACUGUCUGGGCUUUACCUGGGCAUCCAGCCCAGCCUGCACAGAACUGGAGAUGAUUCUGAUGGACUGGCUCUGCAAAGCUCUGGGACUUCCUGUCUUCUUCCUGCAUCGUCAUCCUGACAGCCGAGGAGGAGGAGUUCUGCAGAGCACAGUCAGUGAGAGUACACUCGUUGCUCUCCUGGCAGCCAGGAAAGACAAACUCCUGCAGCUGCGGGCCGACCUGGACCAGGACGUGGACGACUCGGUUCUGAACUCCCGACUGGUGGCAUACGCUUCGGUUCAGGCCCACUCCUCUGUAGAGAAGGCGGGUCUGAUCUCUCUAGUGAAGAUCCGGUUCCUGCCUACUGAUGAGAAGCAGUCUCUGAGAGGGGACACUUUGAAACAAGCGGUUCAGGAGGACAGGAGGACAGGUCUCGUCCCUUUCAUGCUGUGUUCGACUCUGGGAACCACAGGAGUGUGUGCCUUUGACAAACUGUCUGAACUGGGACCAAUCUGUGAAGAAGAGGGCCUUUGGCUACAUGUUGAUGCUGCGUACGCCGGAUCAGCUUACUUCUGUCCUGAGCUCCGCUGGUCCCUGCAGGGCAUUGAGUUUGCCCAGUCUUUUGUUUUUAACCCUUCAAAGUGGAUGAUGGUCCACUUCGACUGCACAGCUUUCUGGGUGAAAGACAAAUAUAAGCUCCAGCAAACCUUCAGUGUUGAUCCCGUUUAUCUCAGACAUGAAUACUCACAGGCAGCCACAGACUUUAUGCACUGGCAGAUUCCUCUGAGCCGGCGUUUUCGGUCUCUGAAGCUCUGGUUCGUCAUGCGCUCCUUCGGGUUGAAAAACCUCCAGGCUCACAUCAGACAUGGGAUUGAGAUGGCUAAACUCUUGGAGUCCCACAUUAAGAGUGACCCAAAGUUUGAGGUUCCUGCUGAGAGGCACCUUGGCCUUGUGGUCUUCUGUCUGAAAGUAUGCAACGCUCCUUUGAAUUAAAAACAGUCAACCUUAAAGCUGUGCUCAAAUAAGUUUUGCUGUUUGCAUGAAGCAACUUGUCCUUUACAGGUUAAUUAUUACAGAGUAGAAGGGACUCAGUCACACCUCGUUCAAAGAUGAACACUGUGAAGUUCAGCUGAAUGCCAGAGCGAUACUAGUAAACAUAAAACUUGUCAGAGGACAAUGAAUGAUUGAAUGAAUGAUUUCAUUAUACUGCCAAUGGAGACAAAUAGCAAUAACCUUUGAUCACCACUGACUAGUGAAAAUGUUUUCUCCUUAAAAAAAAAAAAAAAAAACGUCCAGAUGACCUGACUGAACAUUUUUGG